CGCAGCAAUUCCACAUCGACAACGACAACAACUUGAGGCCGAUCAGAAACAGUCAAGAUGGGUAAGUCAACCUUGCAUCAUUUCUACUUUCACGAGUCUCUCCCGCGACCACGAGCGAAAUAUUCCCUUUGCGAGAACCCGCGAACAAACAGAGCAAGAGCCGAGAGCAAGAGUCGACAGCACGUUUUGGAAUGAGAAGGUGUUGGAUUGCCCGUUCCACAUGCAGUCAAUCGUCAAGAGGAAGUCACAUCACUGGUCUUGCUACGUUCGAUGUUGUCUCGAAGGCAUUGGGAAACCUUUGACCAUCCGCAUAAAAUUUUGUUUCUUUCGCGGCCCUCGCAUUUUCACGGACUCUCCAAGAAACGUUCAAUUUGACCCAAGAAAAAAUGUCGAAAGAUACUGACAAGGAAUCUUCUCUUCUUCUCAGGUCGUCUUCAAGAAUACCAGGUCAUCGGGCGCCACCUGCCCACGGAUGCCAACCCGACCCCGAAGCUGUACCGCAUGCGAAUCUUCGCUCCCAACACCGUGGUCGCCAAGUCCCGCUUCUGGUACUUCCUCAUGAAGCUGCGAAAGGUCAAGAAGUCCAACGGCGAAAUCGUCUCGCUGAACGUCAUCCACGAGAAGCGCCCCCUCAAGGUCAAGAACUUUGGCAUCUGGAUCCGAUACGAUUCCCGCUCCGGCACUCACAACAUGUACAAGGAGUACCGUGAGAUGAGCCGCACCGACGCCGUCGAAGCCCUCUACCAGGAUAUGGCGGCCAGACAUCGUGCCCGUUUUAGGUCCAUUCACAUCCUCAAGGUUGUCGAAGUCACCAACCCCAACGACGUCAAGCGACCAUACAUCAAGCAACUGAUCUCCAAGAACCUCAAAUUCCCUCUCCCUCACCGCAGCACCGCCUCCAAGAAGCUGUUCGUCCCCAACCGACCGAGCACGUUUGCAUAGAUGCACCUGACCUUGCAAAUGCGAUUGUGAGUGUGAUUUGGGUGUUUGUUGGGAGCGUCGUGGGGUGGGCUGUGGUAGUUUACGGAGAACGGUAUGCCGGGGUCCUCGCAUGACGUUGUGUGGGUGCGAGGAGGGUGACUUGUCUCAUCUCAAGAAGGGUUUCGUUAGGCAACCUGAUAUGAGAUCUCUUCCGCACAUAGACACACGCACGAGCCAUGAAGCACAGCAACUGGAUCAGUUUCCUAGUCACACACAAAGUUGAGAUUGAAAGCGAAAUGAAUUGCGUAUGUCAGAAUCGGCUAGAUUUAUGAGGAAGACAAAAGAAAAGGAACUGGCCCUGAGUUGGUGCUGCAUAAAGGAGUGUGUGUUGUGUGUACUUGGCUCCGGCACCAACUAGAGUUCCAAAAAUGCCCAAAAGAAAUCCUACGUUUCAUCAUCA